GGCAGGACUGCGCGCCCCAGCUCCGAUCCCCGUUCCGCGUCCCCGCCGCCGGGAGGAGGUGCCCACUCGCUCGCGGCGCGCGCUGGCCGCCAGACUCGGCCUGUGGGCGAUUUCCUCCGGACCCAGGCUCCCCGCCCGAGGAGGAAGAUGCAGACCUUUCUGAAAGGAAAGAGAGUUGGCUACUGGCUGAGCGAGAAGAAAAUCAAGAAGCUCAAUUUCCAGGCCUUCGCCGAGCUGUGCAGGAAGCGAGGGAUAGAAGUUGUGCAGCUGAACCUUAGCCGGCCGAUCGAGGAGCAGGGCCCUCUGGACGUCAUCAUCCACAAGCUGACCGACGUCAUCCUUGAAGCUGACCAGAAUGAUAGCCAGUCCCUGGAGUUGGUGCACAGGUUCCAGGAGUACAUCGAUGCCCACCCUGAGACCAUCGUCCUGGACCCGCUUCCUGCCAUCAGAACCCUGCUCGACCGCUCCAAGUCCUACGAGCUCAUCCGGAAGAUUGAGGCCUACAUGGAAGAUGACAGGAUCUGCUCACCACCCUUCAUGGAGCUCACGAGCCUGUGCGGGGAUGACACCAUGCGGCUGCUGGAGAAGAACGGCCUGGCUUUCCCGUUCAUUUGCAAAACCAGAGUGGCUCAUGGCACCAACUCUCAUGAGAUGGCUAUUGUGUUCAACCAGGAGGGCCUGAAUGCCAUCCAGCCACCCUGUGUGGUCCAGAAUUUCAUCAACCACAACGCCGUCCUGUACAAGGUGUUCGUGGUUGGCGAGUCCUACACUGUGGUCCAGAGGCCCUCACUCAAGAACUUCUCCGCAGGCACAUCAGACCGUGAGUCCAUCUUCUUCAACAGCCACAACGUGUCAAAGCCCGAGUCGUCAUCAGUCCUGACGGAGCUGGACAAGAUCGAGGGCGUGUUCGAGCGGCCGAGCGAUGAGGUCAUCCGGGAGCUCUCCCGGGCCCUGCGGCAGGCGCUGGGCGUGUCACUCUUCGGCAUCGACAUCAUCAUCAACAACCAGACAGGGCAGCACGCCGUCAUCGACAUCAAUGCCUUCCCAGGCUACGAGGGCGUGAGCGAGUUCUUCACAGACCUCCUGAACCACAUCGCCACUGUCCUGCAGGGCCAGAGCACAGCCACGGCAGCCACAGGGGACGUGGCCCCGCUGAGGCACAGCAAGCUUCUGGCUGAGCCGGCGGGCGGCCUGACAGGCGAGCGGACAUGCAGCGCCAGCCCCGGCUGCUGUGGCAGCAUGAUGGGCCAGGACGCGCCCUGGAAGGCCGAGGCCGACGCGGGCGGCACCGCCAAGCUGCCGCACCAGAGACUCGGCUGCAACACCAGCAUGUCGCCCAGCUUCCAGCAGCACUGUGUGGCCUCCCUGGCCACCAAGGCCUCCUCCCAGUAGCCACGGAGCCGGGACCCAGAGGGGCGGCGCGGGGCGCAGAGCACACCCGCUGGGCCAGCAGCUCCCAACGGCGAUGCUACUACUAAGAAUCCCCAGUGAUCUGAUUCUUCUGUUUUCUAAUUUUUAACCUGAUUUUCUGAUGUCAUGAUCUAAGUGAGGGGUGGGGGGGAAUGGAAGAGAGUACCAGGUGGUCCAGUGUUGGGGAGCGGGGCCGUCUGCCUGCUCCCUACUGUACAGACCACCUCACUGAGUUUACACAUGCUUGUGUUUGCAACACUAGGUCUGGAUGGGAGGUGGGGGGUGUGCGUGUGACUGCCAUGAGAGUGUCUGUGCACAUCCCCAUCUAUUGGUCUCCAUGGCCGCUGGGGACCCUGGAGGGAAGCCUGCCCAUGUCGGGCUGUGGGUGGCUGAUCAGGGCUGUGGGUAGUUGAUCAGUGCGCGUGAGAGUGGCUUCUCUUCUCCCUGACUCCCCACUCCCUGACCUGCCCCUUCCUUGUUUUUCCUCCUACUGGUAUCCACCAAGGCUUUGUAAGCCCCAACCCUGCCUGGUGUGUAGCUAACCCCUCCCUCCCCACAGCCAGAGGAGGCCACAGACCCCUCAGGGGAGUUCCAUGCUGGGGUCUGGGCUGUGCUCCCUCACAAAAGGGAAGGAAAGGAAGCUGGGCGUCCUCUGGGCCCCCCAACACAUGGCCCACUUAGCCCUGCACAGCGGCCUCCUUCCCCCAAGCCAGCACUGCCGCUCCCUGGAGCCCCGGGAGGAAGCUGCCUGGCUGGGAGCCCUGAGCUGAUGGUGCCUGUGCUGAGGAUUUGGGCAAAUCAUUCCAGGUCUUUGGGCCUCCACCUCCUCGUCUCUAGUGGACAGGUGAGACCAGAGAGCACCACAGGGCUGGCUUCGCGCUCUAACCCCUGGGAUGCAGCCUGCCUUUCUGUAAAGUCAUCUAGGUGAGGACAGGUGUGGGAGCCUCGGCAUGACACCGUGGAGUUCGGGGCCCUCUUCCCAGUGGGUUCACUCCUUUUCACACCUGCUGGAGCCAGCCAGGUGCCAGGGAGCCACCCCCGCCCCUCGCCCCUGCACGCCUCAGACUCACCCCAUCACCUUGGCAGCAAAGCACUGGCUCUCCGCUCUGACCCCUGGUCCAGGCAGCCCCUCCGCAGAGAAAAGGGCUGGAGAGAAGCCUCCGCAGCCCCUGGAAGAUGUGGAGUGCUGGGUGAGAGGUAUCGGCCCCCCCAAGUAUGUUUUUGUGUCUUAAGAUACCAGUUUACUUUGAAAACGAGAGAAAGGCUUCCGGGCUGUCCUCUGCCCAGUGAGACGGAGGACACGAGAGAGAGUGCUGAGUGUCCCGAGAGAGGCCCCCGAGCCGGUGCAUGGAGGUCCUUUGGCCUGGCUCAGCUGGGCUGCGGGGCGCCCCCUUUGAGGAGGGAGGCACAGGGCUUGGGCGAGGGGCAGAAGCCAUCAGAACUGCCUGGCUUUUUUGGAAACUGAGGACCCAACAACUAACCACGUUUACACAACUUGAGUGUUGAACCCCGAUUAAUGUCUGUACGUCACCUUUCCUAGUUCUGACCCUGAGCCCCGGGGAAGCAGGAAAGCGUGGCCGGCCUCUUGCACUGCUUUGUCUCCAAAAUAAACUACUGAAAUCAAACCGCAUUUCACACGUGUUUACACAUGUUGCUCAAGUUUGUUAUGUCAUUCUCCCAGUCCUUAAAAGAUGUUUAAUAAAACAGCUUUACCUUUUAAAAAUAAAA